GCAGUCGGAUUCUCUAAAGUUCCGCAGUCUCUUCUCCUUUUGAAUUCUCCUAUCCAUUAUCCCUUAACCCCGUGACGUUUCACACAUAAGUAAAGGGAUAGACGAUAGGAAUAGACGUUAGGAGUUGAUUUUUUGACUAUUCGACCGCAACCUUUGCCUCUCUAUUCGUUCAAUCGCCGGAAGUAUUUGUUAACAACAUCCGGGUGGUUAUUGGAAAAAUUGGCGGUUCUGUUUGCUGUUGCGUUUUCAUUUUCCUGACUAAAUUUGAGAACUUUUACCUAACAAAUGUGAACUCAAACUAUACUUAACUGUACAUGCUUUUACAAUAUGUAUGUAUGUGUAUCUGCAGUGUUUGUUAAUGUUGUUGCAUGUUUAUAUGUGACAACUCAAAACAAGUUAGCCGACAGUAAACUUUGCAGCUAGCAGCUAAAGCUAGCUGACUAGCUUUGAACAACAACGUUAGCCGGACACCCGUUUCUUCCAUCUCGGGAUAAUGGCGAACCCGGUAUUGUUGCAGAAGAAGAAUGGAAAAUACUUGUGGUAUGCUCUUCUCGGGUUAGGACUUCAACCAGAAAAACUCAACUUAACCGCUAAACGCAUCAACCUGGGACCGAAUAUGUUCGACAAACCAAACAAGGAUGCCUUCUACAUAGUAACCCAUUUCCUUUUGGAGAGACUCAGCCCAACGCGAUUUAAUGAAGCAUACAGGCACUGCUGGCCUGUGUUGUGCCACAAAGCAGAUGCGGAGUUCCGCAAAGUGACCUGCGCUUGGCUGCGAGAAAUAAUGGAGGAAACUGCAAAUGUGGGAUCCAAAGUGGUGACGUCCUUGUUCCUCUCACCCGGAGGCCCCAAGUUUGUCCGCUUGAUGCUUAAUUUGGCCAAUCACGUCAUGCUGCAGAAAAUGAAGACAUUCACAGCAGAUGACAGCUGGGUUCUUGAGGCUGCAGCGCUGCCGGCUUCCUCCCUGCACAUGGCCGUGAAGAGGAUGCACCUGAUUCAUGCCAGGUUUCUGAAAGCUGCAGUAGAUCAGGAUCGUUUCCUUCACGCGUACCAGAGCCGAGCACAGCUCCUGGUGAGGUCUAUGAGGGACGUCAGAGCAGAGGGCGCCAACUAUGAUGAGCUACUCAAGCGUCACAGCAGUGAUUGUGCACAAGAGGGUGCCUCUCUUGCUGAGAAGUCGAGAAAAGUGCGCUCCUUGUGGUCGGACAUUGAUGGAAUGCUGUCGGCCACCAAAGAGGAGCAGAACGUGGUGGAAAGUGUUUUAAAGGGAGAUGUAGAUCAAUACAUCCUGGACGGGACGGAUCAGGUCCUCCAGAUUCCUCGCAGUCUGCUGGAGAGAAUUGAACAGCUCCCUCAUCAGUUGAGUUCAGGGAAUGUGUACGAGGCGGGUCAGCUGAACCUCCUGAGUGUGUUUGAGCUGACGAACCACGCGCUGCAGCUCCUGAGAGAAGAGUGCUGUCGGGUCUCUGAGGCCCCCAAACCUCAGCUCAGUCCUCAGCAGCUGCAGGUGAAAUGUCAGCAGAUGGCCCGUGCACUGCAGAACCUCCACCUCAUCAGACAGAGGAUUUCCAAGGAAGAAAUUCCUGAGGUCAGGAGCGCCGUCGGCGAGUUGCAGGCUGCAUGGGACAGGAAGUGGAUGGAUACGCUCAAAGACACACCGCUUGUCUCUUUUCUGAAUGAAGAUCCUGCCCUUGGCUUCCUCUCACCAAUGGCUCCACUGUCUUUUGAACCGGACGCGGACGCUAGCUACAGAAGUAGCGUCUUCUCACAGUACCCGGCAUCGCUUCUUGAGAAACCUGCAGAGAGAAAACCACAGGAAGUCCUCCUCCCUAGUUAUUCUAACCCGAUGAGCCCUCAACCGUUACCAGCUGAGAAGUUUGACAGUCCUGUUGUCACCGAUGCAGCACCGUCACGAGCAAACACUUCUCUGGACUGGCUCUUUGACACCCCCCCGUCCCCCCUCCGGAAGGCUCCAGCAGUACCACCCCCUCAGGAUAUUAUUGCCAGUGUGAGGAAGAUUGCUCAUGUUCCUCAGAAUGCAGCACCCAUCAGGACCAAGACUCACAUUUUAGACAUGGAGUGUGAUAACCUCGCUGACCAGUUUGCAGAUGCUGUUGCUACAACCAGUCCCACAGCAGGCAGGGUGAAAGGUCUGGAUUUGGACGGCCUUCUUGGCACUCUUCAUGGAGAUCCCUUCUCCACCAGAAAGCAGCUGCCACGCACACCUGAGAGCCUGAUUCUGGAUGUGAAGAACUCCUGGCGUAAGGCAGUUGAGGAGGACAAAGCUGAGAAGAUGGAGCGGAUAACAGAGUUUAACGACAGCGUGAAAAGUUUGCUCACACCCCUCCACGAGAACAUUGAAGUGCAGAGCCAGAAGGGAGUCUCGCUCAAAUCUUCCCUGCUGUGGGACACCUUCGACACCGAGGCCCUGGACAGCCUGAGCGGCACGGGCAGCAGCGCCGUCCAGUUCAGCCUCGAUCAGGAGACGCUCCCAGAAAUGCCGAGCUACGAUAGCCUGCUGAGCCUCGACGAUGAAGCGAUGGAUAUGACGAGUGAGGAUGAUGAUGAGGAGCUGCUGCUGAUUCCCUCCCUGAAGACGGAGGAGAAGCAAACUCCCCUCACCACACAUCCUCUGGGCCGGAUCCAGCAGGCGUGCAGCGAUGGCUCCUAUAUAAGCAGUCAGAGGACAGCAGAGUGUCUUCUGACGGAUCACACAGCUUCCGGUAUGGACAGAGACUGGCUGAUGGAGCCUGUGAGUUCAGUGGAGGCCACAGCAAAGGUCUUCUCACUGGAUUUAGACACUCUGAAGACUCCUUCCCCAUUAAAGAAGCAGGAGUAUAGCCUCCCAAAACUGAUCACUUUCUCCCCGAUUGAUGACAAGAAGUGAAUUGUAAAGUGUGAUAUAAAUAGCUGUAAAGUAACCUACUUAGUUGCCAUUACAUUACUUUUCUGUGUUUUUAAGGUAAGAGAUUAACUGCUUUUAAUAAAAUUGUAAAAUAUGGCUCUCCCGUGUGUAAAUAUCCAUGGUUAUUUUUAGUAUUGUUUGUCUGCAGGGAAACAUUAACAUCUUGUAAUUUCCAAGAUAUGUUUGUCCAUUAAACUAUUGAUAACGAUA